AUGACAAGGCCGCUGUCCGAAUACUGGAUCGCCGCCUCGCACCACGUCUACCAGGACCCCCCCGCGCAGCCUCUGGCCGCGGAGGCGGGGGCGGCGCCGCACGGCCGGCAGGAGGCGCUGCCCGAGGCGCAGCCGCUCCUCCGCGCGCUGCAGGCCGGCUGCCGCUGCUUGUGCUGGGCCCUGGCUCAGGAGGGCGGGGCCGUGCAGGUCCUGCUGCAGCGAGGCCGCGCCCCCCUCCGAGACGCGCUCGGCCUCCUCGGCCGGCACGCGUUCGAGGAGAACCCGUGGCCCGUGCUCCUGGUGCUGCACCUCGCGGCGCUGCCCCCGCCGCUCUGCGCCGCGGUGGCCGAGGCGCUGGAGGACUCCCUGGGGGAGCGCCUCUGGCCCGGCGGCGAGCCGCGGCUGCCGUCGCCCCAGGAGGCGAGGGGCAAGGUCGUGGUCGUGCUGGCCCCCGACGCGCCCAGCACCGCCCUGGCCGCCCUGGAGCAGCGCCCCGGCCGCCCCGCGGCCUGGCGCGGGCGCGCCUUCCCGGCCGGCGAAGCCGCCUCGCGGCAGUCCGAG